AUGUCGUCUUCUUCUUCUCUUCACGGUCCAAACACUGCUCCCAUGUCUGCCUCAUCCAACGGUAACCCUAAUAGUAGUGAAAAUAAUGAUAUUGUGAGUGAUCAUCAUCAUGUGUCGGUUGUGAUAGUAGGUGCUGGUCCGUCUGGCAUUGCGACGUCCGCAUUGCUCAACUCCCAUUCAGUACCAAACCUUCUGUUUGAAAGGGAAGACUGUUGCGCUUCCCUUUGGAAGAAACGGUCCUACGAUCGUCUCAAUCUUCACUUAGCAAAGGGGUACUGCUCUUUGCCACUCAUGCCACACUCCUUCAGGACUUCCACCUUCAUGUCCAAAUACGAUUUCAUCGCCUACUUAGAUGAGUAUGUCUCACGGUUUAACGUGAAACCUCGUUACUGUCGUCAUGUGGAUUCCGCUGUUUGCGAUGAAGAUGAGGAGAUAUGGAAGGUGAAAGUGACUGGUCCGGACCAGUACGAGUACUACUCUUCAGAUUUCUUGGUUGUCGCAACAGGAGAAAAUAACCAGGCUAUUAUUCCGGCGGACUUGCCUGGACUUGAGUCAUUCACAGGAAAAGUUGUUCAUGCAUGCGACUAUAAGAACGGGGAAAGUUUUAAAGACAAACAAGUUUUGGUCAUUGGCUGUGGAAACUCUGGUAUGGAAAUUAGCAACGACCUUGCAGACAAUGGAGCGCAUGCAUCCCUUGUUAUUAGAAGCCAAAUGCAUGUCCUCAGCAAAGAGAUGGUAGCUAUAGGAAUGCUUCUGUUGGAUUACUUGCCAGUGAAAAUAGUGGACAAGUUUGUCUCAUUCCUUGCCAAGUUUAGGUAUCAGGAUUUGUCCAGCUAUGGCAUUCAUCGCCCGGACCAAGGCCCUUUUCUCUUUAAAGCACUUACUGGAAAGAGGCCAGUGAUUGAUCGUGGAACCAUCAACAAAAUUCGAUCCAAACAGAUCAAGGUUUUUCCAGGAAUAGUGAGGAUAAACUCCAACUCUGUUGAGUUCAACAACGGGGCCCGACAGAGUUUUGAUGCCAUUCUGUUGGCAACUGGUUAUAAAAGUGUAGCACAUAAGUGGCUCAAGGACUAUAAGUACCUCCUUAAUGACGAUGGAAAGCCUAAAGGAAAUUAUCCAAACCACUGGAAGGGCGAGAAGGGAGUUUACUGUGUUGGAUUAGCAGGGAAUGGACUGCCGGGGAUUUUCACGGAUUCAACGGCUGUGGCCGAGGAUAUCCAUAACCUAAUGGCACAGAAAUAA